AAACUCAUCUGAUGCGUUUGGUGCCACGAGCAGAGGAUCGAAUGCUGGCCUCCCAUGGCCAUAAAGGUAAGUCAUGGCUCGGAAUCCCCAUUGCCAUACCUACGUGGAGCUCCUCCCCUUGUUCCUCCGUUAAACCCAGAGGUAGGUUAGGAAGGAAGUCGCAGAGAGAGGAGGAGGAGGUGGCCGAAGACGACGAGAGUAAGCAGAGCAUUCGAACAGGGCAGAGGGAGAUGUCCGAGCUCGGGGACGCCGCAAUCAAGCUCUUCGGCAAGAUCAUCACUCUGCAGUGCGGCGGAGAUGAGGAGAAGGCACUGCAAUCGAAGGAUUUUCGAGAGGAAGAGAAUGCUCCUGAAUCAUCGGACUCGCAGGAAACUAACGAGCACGAAUCGACGAGGAACUCGACGCCCGAAGAACGACCAAGUGAUGCAGGGGGUUGGAAGGAGAAGGCGGCGAGGAAGCCGGAGAAGAUCCUUCCUUGUCCUCGGUGCAGAAGCUCCGACACCAAGUUCUGCUACUACAACAACUACAACGUCAACCAGCCGCGGCACUUCUGCAGAAACUGCCAAAGGUACUGGACCGCCGGCGGCGCCAUGCGGAACGUCCCCGUCGGAGCCGGCCGACGCAAGAACAGGAACACCUCUCACGAUCGGCACGUCGUGCUCCGCUUUGGCUCCGAGGCCGCCGGAAACAUUGGCGAUGAGCAAUCCAGUAAGGAGUCGGAGGGGACGGCAAGCGUUCCAGUUCCGUUCUACCCCGCUGUAGCUGAAUGGAGUUGCACCGUUCCGCCUGGAGCUUGGAGCACCCCAUGGCUGUCCCCUGUAGAGUCGUCUUCUCCAGAAAGCAGUUCUCCCACCAUACGCAAGCGCUCGAGGAUGGAUGAUCCUGAGGAAGCUGCGAGGAGCUCGGUUCUCAAGGCCUUCCAGCGCAAGGUGGACGUCAAGGAUCAUGGAAUGGAGGCACCAUUGCUGCUGCAUGUCAACCCUGCAGCUCUCUCACGAUCUCUCAGCUUCCAGGAGAGCUCCAAGAGGAGUGCUGCAGUAGGAGAAAGAAGAAGUGGUCUCUACUGAUGUAGGAGGUGGAAUGGUUAGUCUUCACUUGGAUUAUGAGAGGAAGGAAGACAUCAGCCGAAAGGAAAGAGAGUUUUGCUUUGAUUCGUUACUGAUUUCUGCAUCUUAUGAGACAGGGAAUGAGAUCUAUUUCU